UUAAUAUUAAAAAUUAUUACCAAUUAGUUUAAUUUGAUUAAAAAAUAUGAUUAAACUAGUAUGUGUUUUAAUAUUUCUUCUAUUGAAAGUGGAAGCCGAGGAAAGUAAGUUCGAUCCAGUUGGGAGUCCCUUGCUCGUUGAAUAUCCUUGUCAGGAUUCCAAGGACAUUGUCACUUGGUUUGACCCUGGCUUGCCACCGAGGGAAAAAAAUAGAUAUUAUGUCCUGAUGAAUAGAUAUUUUCCAGCAAAUUCUGUAAUAGAAAUGGCCUUUGAUUUGGAUGUGAAUAUUAUGCAUAGACACGAGAAAAAGAAAAAUGGAACGCUUACUAAAAUUUUUGUAGGUAGCAACGAGUCCCUAAAGCUAACUUUUGUUUCCGAUCUCAUUGGAUUUGGAUUUAUUGUGAAAGGCGUCGUUCCAGGAACAAAUCCUUAUUUUGAUAGUUUAACUAUAAACGGUGAAGAAGUCUGCAAUCAACCAAAUGUGGGAUACCUCGAAGGAUACAUAGCAGAAACAUUGGAUAAGGGCCCACAGAGGAAUUGUGGACAUCGGAAGAUAGAUCACACGGAGUUGAUAGUCGAAGGAACUAGUACUAAGCCCGGGGAUUGGCCGUGGCACGCGGCAAUUUUCAGGCUUAGAAAUAAAGUUUUGCAAUAUAUCUGUGGCGGAACAUUGAUAUCUAAAAAUUACUUAUUAUCAGCUGCUCAUUGUGUUACUAUAAGAGGAGUACCAGUUCGAUCGGGUGACCUAAAUGUUGUUCUUGGAAAGUAUAAUCUGAUUGGAGGCGAUGCUGGAACACAAGAACGAGCGGUUCACAAAGUAAUUGUACAUGAAAAAUUUAACUAUAUGAAUCUAAAUAAUGACAUUUCUCUACUUAAAUUUAAAUCUGAAGCCAUAUUUACUGAUUAUGUACAACCUGCUUGUCUGUGGUUCAGCAACGCUGAUAACAACGGAGACGGUCAUUUGGAAACAGGACAAAUUUUUGGAACAAUUGUAGGUUGGGGAUAUGACAGUAAAGAUGCUUUAACGCGCCAGCUGCGUCAAGCGAAGAUACCCAUGGUGUCAGAAAACACAUGCAUUAAGAGUCAUCCUCUAUUUUACGCAAAUGUUCUAAAUGGCAAUAAAUUCUGCGCUGGGUAUCACAAUGGUACAUCUGCAUGCAAUGGUGAUAGCGGUAGCGCCUUCCAGGUUUUCGUUGCUGACAAAAAUCACGAUCGGAAUUUAGUCACAACUGGUUCUUGGUACGUCCGUGGUAUCGUGUCUGUGACAGUUGCAAGAACAGAUCAACCUAUAUGUGAUCCGAAGCAUUACGUCGUGUUCACUGAUGUGGAAAAAUAUCGACCAUGGAUUGAUGCAUAUUUGGAAAACGAAAGAAAUUGAAAUAUUUUUUUUCAU